AUGGCCGAAACAUCAAGACACAAGUCGACAGUCUACGUCGGCGGCCUCGACAACCAAGUCAACGCGCAGGUUCUUCACGAUGCUUUCAUUCCAUUCGGAGAGAUUGUAGACGUCUCACUACCAAAGCCAGAGCAACAAUCAAAUCGAGACCCGCAUCGAGGAUUCGGAUAUGUGGAGUUCUCUCUCGCCGAAGAUGCCCGCGAAGCCAUCGAUAACAUGGACCAGGCGGAGCUGUACGGACGGGUGAUUAAAGUCAAUCAAGCGAAGCCACAGAAGAACGCAGACGAGGGACUGGGCAGCAGGACGGCGGUCUGGGAGCAGGAGGGCUAUGCGGCGAAGUUCAACGUCAACGACGAAGACAAGCUGGAUUCGGAAGAGACGAAUGGUAACGACCCCAUGCAAGGACUAGAGGGUCUGGACGAAGCAGGACCCCGCAUGCAAUGAAUAUG